GCUCAAGUCAGAACAGAAAGAAGCUUGUAGUAGCGUCUGAAGUACUGAACAUCUCUCGCACAUCCCAUCCCGUUCCCCGCCAUGGCUUCUGCAGGCGCAGAAAUAUCAGCUCCGGCCACCGGGCCGGCGGCCGCGAAUGUGGAGUGGCAUGUGAGGCCUCCCAAUCCCAAGAAUCCAAUCGUCUUCUUCGAUAUCACUAUUGGUACCAUCCCAGCUGGUCGCAUCAAGAUGGAACUUUUCGCCGAUAUUGUCCCCAAAACUGCUGAAAAUUUCAGGCAGUUCUGCACCGGUGAGUUCAGGAAAGCUGGAUUGCCUGUUGGUUACAAGGGAUGCCAGUUCCAUAGGGUUAUUAAGGAUUUCAUGAUUCAAGCAGGUGACUUUGUCAAGGGCGAUGGUAGUGGAUGUACUUCCAUUUACGGGCAUAAGUUUGAAGACGAAAAUUUUGUUGCCAAGCACACUGGGCCUGGUCUACUAUCAAUGGCUAACAGCGGACCAGGUACAAAUGGCUGCCAGUUCUUCCUUACCUGUGCAAAAUGUGACUGGCUCGACAAUAAGCAUGUUGUCUUUGGGAGGGUCCUAGGAGAUGGCCUCUUGGUUAUCAGGAAGAUAGAGAAUGUAGCUACUGGACCAAACAAUCGACCGAAGCUGGCUUGUGUUAUUGCAGAAUGUGGGGAAAUGUAGAAGCUGUUGGAUCAAAGAACUUCCCCAAUUUUUGAGGAUUUCUAACAAAACAAUGUCUAGGCACCUGCCUCCUAGAUGGACAUUUUCAAAUCUAGAGAUAUACUCACUGGUUACCGUUGUAUGGGACUGCUGUCUUUGUUCAAGAGUUUCCAGUUAAGAGGCAACACUUGCCAGUCAGGGCAGUUCUCUUGUACAUGAGAGGAUUGAAGGUGUUGAAUGGAUUGCGAGUAUCUUUGAAUUGCCCAUUUUGGCCAAUUUCGCUGGCUAUGUGAUUGAUCCAUUAGUUGUAUGAAACUGGUGAAUGAUUGAAAGUGCCAUACUAGAUUGAAAAAUUCGUACCCGGUGAAAAUACACAAUGCAUACCAGG